AUGGUAUGCGUGCUGACAAAGUUGGCUUACAGUGAAGGUGGCUUCACAGCUGUGCACUUGACCCGGUCGGGCCAGCUAGCCAGCACAGAUGCCGAGGCCAGGCAGCUCCAUGCACAGCUCCUGCAGUCGCACGAGCUUGCGGAGCUGCUUGCACAGCAGCUGGCAGGUGAGCGUGCAGCUGCUCGCAACCAAUUCGAGGAGUUCCAGCAGCAGCUGUCAAAGGAGCAGGCGCAGCUGCAGGCCCAGACGUCGGCAUACGCGGCCUUACAGGCCGAAUGCGACAGCCUGCGGGCUUCCCUAGCAGAAGAAAAGAAGGCGCACGCGGUAGAAAGACAAGCGCGCGCUGGCCUGGACGCGCAGGUUGCUAACCUGGCUAGCGAGCUACAGACCUGCUGUGCUGAGCUUAAGACUGCCGAGCAGCGGCUGGCGCGGGCUGCAAACGACAAGACUUUGCAGGAUGAGCAGUUGUUGCAGGAGGUUCAGCGUAGGCGGACCGCUGACGUAGUGCUCAUUCAGGAUCUCCAGCAGGGCGUCCAGCGGCUUAAGGAGCGGCUGGAGCAGGAGAGGCGGGACGCGGAGAAGGAGCAGCAGCUGCUGCGCACAAGGCUAGAACGCGAGCAGGAGCUUCGGGAGGGCUUGGAGCGGCAAUGUGCGGAGAACCGUAAGCAGCUGCAGGACGAUCAUCAGAGCCACAUCGCUGCUCUGGCGCAGCUCAGCCGCCAGUUGAGCGACAGGAUGCUGGAGCUGCAGCAGACUAACGAGACCGCAAGGCGGUUGCAUGAGCAGCUGGCUGCAACCGAGAAGCGGUAUAAGGAUAAGGCGCUCGAGCUGCAGCAAGCCAGCGAUACCAUCAGCCAGCUCGAGGAGCAGUUGGUGGCAGCGGAGAAGCGGGCUGCCGCUCGCGACACUCGGAUCACUGAGCUGGAGUCUACCUUGGAGCGCAACUCCAAGAAGCUCUGCCAGCAGGCCAAUAGCAGGGACGCCGCGGUGGCGGGGCUUCAGGAGCAGCUUGAGCAACGACAACGAAAGCUUGAACAGAAAGAGGCGGAGAUUCGCGAAGCACAGGAAAGCUAUUCACGGCAGUUGGGGCAGCUUGAAAAGCGGCUGGCGCAGAGCGAAGCCGCGGCGCGGGAACAGGAGACGCGCCUGCAGCAGCAGCUGGAUCGCGCACGGCGUCAGACUGCGGACACUGAAGCGCAGCUGCAAGCUCGUCUCGUUGAGCUGCAAGGACUUUUGGCAAGCCGCGACGAGCAGAUCAAGCAGCUCACAGAGGGCCACGCAGCCGAAGGCACGCAGCGCGAGAAACGCCUUAGGAAGCUUCAGGCAGACCACGAGGCGGAGGUCCGAUCCGCCGCCGCCGCUGUGGAUGCGCUGGUGGACAACCUGCUUAGAAACACCAGUGACCUUGCAGGAGGUGCCUUGGGGCAGAUUGGCGAAGAUGACGAUGGCGAUGAGGACCGGGGCCCAGCGGCUGAUCUCAUCUUGGGCAUGUCGCAGCCUCACCUGUCUCAAGGCCAUGGCGGUCACCCGGUGGCACAGCAGCCCGGCGUACCUGCAGGAACCACCGCACAGCAAACCGCUGCUGCAGCAGCAACUUUCGCUGCGGGAACGAGGGAUCAGGGUGCUGCCGGACACACUGGGAGCCCCGCGAAAAAGACUGAAGCAUGCAAACGUGCUCCGGAGGGAGGCGCCAGAGAAGGCGAUGAGCAGCCCGCUGGGCGAGGUCGAGGUCGCAAAGCUGCCAAGCUGGCGAAAGACGACCGCUGGGUCGAGGCCAUCAAGGACCUGGGGCAGUCUAAUCCCGCUGCGGCGAACUCCAUGGACAGCAGGGAUGCGCCGAGCCAGGCGGCGCCGGAUGAUGGCCCCUCAACUAGGGCGGGCAGCAGGCGGCGUGCAGCACAGGCCGGACAGGCGCGAGCGAAGGCUAUGGCCGCUGCCCUUGCCGAUGAUUUGGAAGCAGAGACGGAAACGGCUACGUUGGGCGCAAUGGGCCCCGAGGCGGGAGCCGCAAGAGGCCGUAGGGCGGCACAACGUGCGGCAACACAGGAGGCGGCGUUAGCAGCUGAGCCGCAGAAGGCUAUUGCACCGCCUGAAGCAGCCCCUGCCGGAUCCAAACGGGGCCGAGCUGCUGGCAGCCGUGGCAAGGGUGGCAAGCAGGCCAAGGGCAGCCAGCCGCAGGAAACGGAAGAAAUGCAAUCCGAAUCGGCAAUAGCCGCAGAGCCGCAGGCGCCGAUCCGGCGCGACGCUGAGCAAAAGCCGCCGGCUGCUGCGAGCCAUGAGGAUGCCAGCUUGAUGCCACCUCCCGCCCGGCCAGCAACUCGUCGGCGAGGCGCUGCCGCUGCCGUUGUCACAAAGCCUGCAGAAUUAGCCGAGGUAAUCCCUGCAACACAGGACGUGGACCUGGCGGCCUCACAACAGCCCACGCAGCAGCAGCACGUGUCACAGCCGCCGACGCAGCCCCAGCCACCUCCCCCACCAGCGCAACCGCUGGCGGCACCAGCCGGGCGUCCACAGCAGCAGGCGGUUGGAGCUGCUGGCGGGGUCGCAGGGUCUCUGCCCAGCUUUUCACAGCAAGGCAUGCCCACCGCGAGCCAGACCAGCCUCUUUGGCACAUUCAAGGAUUUCGGUAUAUCCCUAGGGAAAAACCCUUUGGCAACCGUAAACCCUAAGGUGAUGGAGGCAUCGAAGGGCCGCAUGCGCAUCGUCCCGUUCACGUCCGUCCAUAAUUGGAAAAUUGUGACGCCCAGCGUCUUCAAGAAACCGGAGGGCGCGCAGGCGGCAGCGGGACCGGCAAAUGUCCUUCCGCAGCUCACUCACGGUAACCUGGCAGUUCCGGGUCCCAGCGUUGGGUCCCAGCCAGGGGAGGCGAUGCCGCCCGAUGUGCUUCUUCGCACGUUGAAGCAGCAGCCCGCCAACAAGGGCGGCAAGAAGGGCAGCUAA